CAAGCUUGGCCACCUGCAGGGACUUUUAGGAGCUGAAGUCCAAAACACCUGCAGUUCUCAGGCUCUGAAGAAAAGAAAGUUAUGCUUGGUCUUCGCUCCUCUUUCCCAUUGGGCGAGAACAGACCUAGGAGGGCGGGGCUACACUCAACCAGCCAAUCACAAAAGGGGACGCUUUGGAAUUUUUUUGGAACUCUCUUCUAGGGCUUAUUCCAGUGUCCUCCUGAUCAGAAGUGGGUGAAGUCUGGCCUGGGCAUCUAAAGCAGAUAACAGACCUGAGAGAUUUCUCCCAUAACAUUGGAACGGAUCUGGAAACUGUUGUUUACCCUUUGGAGUUGAUUGUGGGCACCAUGGCACCUGGGCAGAUUGUAGAGUCGCUUUAUCAAGAAAUGACAUGUCCCAUCUGCCAAAGCUACUUCAAGGACCCGGUGAUUCUAGACUGCGGGCACAACGUCUGCCAGGGCUGCCUCAACCCCCACCAGAGAGGGUUUGGCAUGACUGCCUGCUGCCCACAGUGCCCAGAAAGUGAUCAGCGGAAGAGCUUCAGGACCAACUGGCAGCUGGCUAAAGUGGUGGAGCUGGUCAAGAAACUCCAUGGAGAGAAGGAAGCUGAGCAGCAAGUGUGUGCCAAGCAUGAGGAGCCCCUGGAUCUCUUCUGCAAGGAGGAUCAGGUCCCCAUCUGCGUGAUGUGCAGGAGGUCCAAAGAGCACCGAGAGCAUGACAUUUGUUCCAGGGAGAAGGAGGAGGAGGAGGGGGAGGAAUCGGCGACCAAGGCAUAUAAGGUUAAUUUCAAUCAGGCAAUCCGGUACUUAAAGAUGGGAGAGGAGGAACUGAUGGAGCUUUGUCUGGAAAAGGGGCUUGACAGGGAAGGCCUCAGCAUUGAUGAAUUGAGGGUCAUCCUCAUCCAGCAAGCCAGCCAGCUGGAACCAGCCACAGUGAAGUCCAAUGCCAAGAGGACACAAGCCUGUGGGCCAGAACUCCAGAUGCAGAAAAACAGUGAACCAAAAGAGAAAACACAAUUCAUAAAGCUAAGGGUGAAGCAAAAGGAGCAGCUCACAGCUCAAGCAAAUGAGAGGAAGGGUGAACUCGAACGUGUGUACCUGAAGGAGAGGCAAGCCAACGAACCUAUCCCUUGGGUCUUCCCAUGUUUUUCCCCAGGGGAAAACCCGGCAUGCUUCCUUGCCGCCUUUGAGAGGACCUGCAAGCAGUGGAACAAGUCUAGAGAGGACGCUAUGGAAUAUCUUCCUGGCUUGCUCAGAGGACGGUUGGCAGAGGUGUACCAUGAGAUGUCCAGCCAGAACCCUGUUACUCUUCAAGCCUUCAGAGAGGCCGUCUUCAAGCAGUUUAGCUUCGAUCCUGAUCACUUCUGUAAGGAAUUCUGGGCCUUGAAACCCCAGCAUGGAGUCUCCUUACUUGAAUUUGGGGCAAAACUAGAGGAAACAUUGUGCUGGUGGCUGGAUAAUGCCAAGGCUGAUGAUCGGGAGAAAGUGAUCCGCUUGAUGGCACUGAACCAGUUCUGUUCCCAUCUCCCUGAUCAUAUAAAGCAUUCUGUCAAGGCAAAAGCCCCAAAGACCAUCUCCCAGGCAGCUCAAAUUGCAAACCAACUGAUGCUCGGUCGAGAAGAACAGCACCAGGUGAGCCAAAAUGUGGCCAAUUCGCAGGAGUUUAAAAAGAGAGCCUGCCUCAAUUGUGGGGAAAGGGGACACUUGAGGACUAGUUGCCCUUCCUCUUCCAAGAGGGUAUACAGAGUGACUGCAUUUUCCAUCUGUGGAGAGGAGAGGAGCCCCACUGAUUCUGCGAUGCAACCAGUGUUACUUGGGAACCAGCUAGUGAUAGCACUGUUGAGCACUGGAUCAGAAUUCUCACUGGUCAGCUCAGAUUUAGUGUCCCCAUCUGAUAUUAUCCCUGGGGAGUCUGUUGAUGUCCAGCCAGUAAAUGGCAGCCCUUUCUCCCUUCCAGUAGCAUGUUUGCAGAUGAACUGGAGGGACACAAAUGGCCUUGUGGCUUUCGGAGUGACUGAGAAUCUGUUUGUGCCUCUCAUUUUGGGGCUAGAUAUGAUACUCAAGAGCUGUGGCCCUUUCUCCUGGGGUCCUGAAGGUUUCAUAUUCUCCAAGAAACCUAAAGCCACCGAUUCACAGAAGCCUACCUCGUAGAAGCCUCAGGUGGGAAAAAUCUGGCUCCCAAAGAGAAUGUGGUUCAAGAUAUGGAUGGCUUCUUCUGUGAGGUAGUUAACUUUUUACUUUAUUUUUAUAGUUAUCUGAAGUAUGUGCCUUCAUUACUUCACACUUACUAAUGUCUGUUGUUACUUAUUUAGUUACAUUUUAAUUAUGAGCUUUUGCAUACUUUUUAUUUGUUUGUAAAGUUGUAAACCAACCUGCCUGCAAAACAACUGCUACUAAUAUCA